CCGCGUCCCCGUCGCUAGGGAAACGAAUGCAGCUCCGGGACCCAGCGAUGCCGAGCGCUGAGGAGCGGGCGCCGCUGCCCGCGCAGAACGCUGACGAUGAGCCCCAGGGCGACCCGAGGCUGCGUCUCCUGGGGUCCUACGUGGCUCAGAGCCUGCGGCCGGCGGCGGGCGUGUGGGAGCGCUGCGCGGGGACAGCCGAGGUGGAGCAGCUGCUCCAAGCCUUCCUCAGCCACGAUGCCGCUGAAGGGCCGCGGCCGUUGCUGGUGGUGCGGCCCGGGCCCGGGGGCCUGGCGGUACGACCCGGGCUGGAGGCCGGAUCCGAGCCAGGCCCGGCUCGCGCGAAGGGGAUGUUUUUCUUGCGCACCAGGCCCGAGCCUCCAGGAUCCAGUAGUCUCCGCGGCGCGGUGCUCUGCGGGGACCUGCCCGCAGCGCCUCUGGAGCACCUGGCCGCGCUGCUCUCUGAGGUCAUUAUACCUGUCCUGGCUAAUGAGAAGAAUCACCUAGACUGGCCCCACAUGGUAUGUCAAGAUGUCAGGCGGCAUGCCCACAGCCUGCAGUGUGACCUCCUGGUUAUCCUUGAGCAAGUGAAAGGAAGAACUUUGCUGCCUCUUCCAAUAGAAAUGGAGUUUGUGGAUUCUGAAAAGGUGGAGCUUAGUGCAAGCUUGAAUUCUAUAGAUAAGUCCGUUAUCUAUGCCAUUGAGUCUGCAGUGGUCAAGUGGAGCCACCAAAUCCAGGUGUUGCUGAAGAGAGAUUCUUCUCUGCCUCUCCUCCAAGGGGAGCAUCCCACCCCCAAAAUGGAACUGGAGUUCUGGAAAAGCAGGUAUGAGGAUCUGGAGUGCAUUUAUAAUCAACUGAGAACCAUGAAGAUGAGGGGCAUAGCUGAGCUCCUAGACAAGCUUCAGAGCAGCUACUAUCCAGCUUUCAAAGCCUUGGUCAGAGACGUUGUAGCAGCUCUGACAGAGGCUCAGGACAUCCAUGUGCACCUGCUGCCACUCCAACGCCACCUGGACACCCUGGGCAGCUUGGAGUUUCCUGAGGUGAAGCCCCAGCUGAGACCUCUACUUCAUGUGAUCUGUCUGCUUUGGGCCACUUGCAAGUGUUACCGAUCCCCAGGGAGGCUUACAGUGCUGCUGCAGGAGGUUUGCAACCUGCUCAUCCAGCAGGCCUCCAAUUACCUCAGCCCAGAAGACCUCCUGAGAAAUGAGGUUGAAGAAAGUCAGAGGAAACUGCAAAUGGUCUCAGACACCUUGAGCUUCUUCAAGCAAGUGUUUCAGAACAGAAGGGAGAAUAUCCAUACUUACUUCAAAGAGAACGAAGAAGUCAAGGAAUGGGAUUUCCAAUCCUCCUUGGUCUUUGUGCGAUUGGAUGGCUUCCUGGACCGACUGCAUAUAGUGGCCGAUCUUCUGAAGACUGUCUUGGAUUUCCACAAACUGGAAAAGCUUGAGUUUAGUGGCAUCAGAGGGAACACACUGAGUAAGCAAGUCCAGCAAAUGUAUGAGGAAUUUCAAGAGAUGUACCAGGUCUUCUUGGAGUGCUCUUAUAAUUGCUUGGACCCCCAAAGCAUGGAAUUUGAAAACGAUGUCUCUGAAUUUAACCACAGAGUAGAAGAUCUGGACCGAAGAUUGGGGACCAUAUUUAUUCAAGCCUUUGAUGAUACCCCUGAUGUGGCACAUGCCUUUAAGCUGCUAGACAUAGCAGGGAUCCUCCUUGAAAGACCCCUGGUAGCAAGGGACCUAUCCAGUAAAUACCUGAUCCUUAUCCAGAUGUUCAGCAGAGACCUAGAUGCUGUGAGGAUCAUCUACAAUCAGCACAUCCAGGAGAAGGCAGGACUGGGGUUCUCCUCAGUGCACAAAAACAUGCCUGCCAUGGCUGGGGGCCUCCGCUGGGCACAGGAGCUGAGACAGCGCAUCCAGGGGCCUUUUGACAGUUUCAGAGGCCUCACCCACCCCUGCAUGGAAUCUACUGAAGGAAAGCGAAUGAUACAAAAAUAUGAAGAUAUGCUCUCAUUGCUGGAAGAGUAUGAGACAAGACUCUUUGAGGACUGGUGUCAGACAGUAUCUGAGAAGUCACAGUACAAUCUCUCCCAACCACUGCUGCAGCGAGACCCGGAGACAAAACAGAUCACUGUCAACUUUAACCCACAGCUGAUUUCAGUGCUGAAAGAAAUGAGCUAUCUUGAGCCCAGACAGAUGAAGCACAUCCCCAAGAUCGCAGCGGCCAUGUUCUCCUCCAGGGAAUUCUACCGGCAGCUUGUGGCUAAUUUAGAACUGAUGGCAAACUGGUACAACAAGGUUAUGAAAACUCUUCUCGAGGUGGAAUUUCCAUUAGUGGAGGAAGAGCUGCAAAAUAUUGAUCUCUGCCUGAGAGCUGCAGAGGAGACGCUGAACUGGAAAACAGAAGGCAUUUGGGAUUAUGUCAAUCAAAUCACCAGUAGUAUUCACGAUCUUGAGCAAAGAAUUCAGAAGGCUAAAGGCAAUGUGGAAGAGAUUCAAAACAUUAUGAAAACAUGGGUGACUCCAAUAUUUAAGAGAAAAGAUGGAAAAAGAGAAUGUCUACUUUCUCUGGAUGACCAGCAUGAUCGAAUGGAAAAAUAUUACAGUCUCAUUAAAGAAUCUGGCCUUCGGAUCCAUGCCCUUGUUCAGGAAAACCUGGGUCUUUUUUCAGCAGAUCCAGCUUCCAGCACCUGGAAGACAUAUGUUAACUAUAUCGAUGACAUGUUGCUUGAUGGAUUCUUUCUUGCCAUUGAGUGCUCCCUCAAGUACUUGCUGGAAAACACCGAGUGUAAGGCCAGACUCACCCCAAUAUUUGAAAUACAACUCAGCCUUGUCUCCUCAGAGUUAAUUUUCUAUCCAUCUCUGGAGUCUGGAGUAAAAGGAGGCUUCUAUGACAUCGUGGAGGGUCUGGUUGUCAGCAUUUUUGGAAUGUCAUCUCUGAUACCACGGCUUUCUUCACACAACGGCUCUUCUCAUUAUCAGGAUGACCUGGAGAAUAUGACUGCUUUGGCUGGCAUGCGGAACAUGCUCAUGGAAAGGGUGAAGAGCAUGAUGAUGCUCUGCUGUAACUAUCGUAACAACUUCAGCCAGUAUUCCUACCUCUACGUGGAGGACAGGAAGGAGAUUCUAGCCCAGUUUCUGUUGUACGGACAUGUCCUGACCCCUGAAGAAAUAGAAGCCCAUGCAGAAGAUGGCAUCCCUGAGAACCCACCCCUCCUCCAGCACUUCAAAGCGCAGAUUGACUCCUACGAGAAGCUCUAUGAAGAGGUGUGCAGCCUGGAGCCCAUCAAGGUGGUGGACAGCUGGAUGAAAAUUGAUGUGCGACCCUUGAAGGCAUCUCUGCUGAACAUCAUUAAGAGAUGGAGCCUCAUGUUCAAACAGCAUCUGGUUGACUAUGUCACUAACAGCCUGGCUGACCUUGACGUCUUCAUAAAAAGUAGUGAGAAAGGCUUGCUCACAAAAGUCAAACAAGGAGAUUUCCAAGGAUUGGUUGACAUCAUGGGCCACCUUAUGGCCCUUAAAGAAAGGCAGAACAGCACUGAUGAUAUGUUUGAGCCCUUAAAGCAAACUAUUGAAUUGCUGAAGAACUAUGAACAAGAAUUACCAGAAGCUGUGUUUAAGCAGCUAGAGGAGCUGCCGGAGAAAUGGACCAAUGUGAAAAAGAUGGCCAUCACUGUGAGGCAGCAGGUGGCCCCGCUGCAGGCUAAUGAAGUGACCCUCCUCCGCCAGAGGUGCACUGCCUUCGAUGUGGAGCAGUAUCAAUUCCAGGAGAGGUUCCACAGAGAUGCCCCCUUCAGGUUUGACAGCAUCAACCCUCAUCAGAUGCUGGAUGUCUGGCACUUGGAGAUCCAACACAUGGAAUCCACCAUGGCCUCCAUUUCUGAGUCUGCCAGCUUGUUUGAGGUCAGUGUUCCCGACUACAAGCAGCUGAAGCAGUGCAGGAAGGAGGUGUGCCAGCUGAAGGAGCUCUGGGACACCAUCGGAAUGGUCACCUCUAGUAUCCAUGCUUGGGAGAGGAUGCUGUGGAGGGAUAUCAACGUGGAAAUCAUGGAUGUGGAGUGUAAACGGUUUGCCCGGCACAUCCGCAACCUUGACAAAGAGGUGAGAGGUUGGGAUGCCUUCUCAGGUCUGGAAAGCACCGUACUGAACACGCUCACCUCCCUGAGGGCAGUGGCUGAGUUGCAGAACCCAGCCAUCCGAGAGCGGCACUGGAGGCAGCUGAUGCAGGCCACAGGCGUGAGCUUCACCAUGGACCAUGACACCACCUUGGCCCACCUCUUGCAGCUCCAGCUGCACCGCUUCGAAGAUGAGGUCCGUAGCAUCGUGGACAGAGCGGUGAAAGAGAUGGGUAUGGAGAAGACCUUAAAGGAGCUGCAGGCUACCUGGGCGGGCAUGGAAUUCCAGUAUGAGCCCCACCUGCGGACCAAUGUCCCCUUGCUGCGGUCUGACGAGGACCUCAUUGAGGUUCUAGAGGACAAUCAAGUCCAACUCCAGAACUUGAUGAUGUCCAAGUACAUUGCUUUCUUCUUGGAGGAAGUGUCAAGCUGGCAGAAGAAGCUGUCCACAGCAGAUGCAGUCAUCUCUAUCUGGUUUGAGGUGCAGCAAACCUGGUCUCACCUGGAAAGUAUAUUCAUAGGAUCCGAAGAUAUCCGGGCUCAGCUACCCCAGGAUGCUAAAAGAUUCGAAGGCAUUGACACUGACUUUAAAGAACUGGCUUAUGCUGCUCAGAAAACUCCAAAUGUGGUAGAAGCCACCAACAAACCAGGUCUCUAUGAAAAGUUGGAAGGGAUUCAGAGCAGGUUGUGCCUGUGCGAGAAGGCCCUGGCAGAGUACCUAGACACCAAGAGACUCGCCUUCCCUCGCUUUUACUUCCUCUCCUCCUCUGAUCUGCUUGACAUCCUUUCCAAUGGCACAUCUCCACAACAGGUCCAGCGUCAUCUUUCCAAACUGUUUGACAACAUGUCCAAGAUGCAAUUCCAGCUAGAUGCCAGUGAGAACCCAACCAAAACAAGUCUUGGCAUGUACAGUAAAGAAGAAGAAUAUGUGGCAUUCAGUGAGCCCUGUGAUUGCAGUGGGCAGGUAGAGGUAUGGUUGAACCAUGUGCUUGCUCACAUGAGGGCAACCGUGAGGCAUGAGAUGACAGAAGGUGUGACUGCCUAUGAUGAAAAGCCCAGAGAACACUGGCUGUUUGAUUACCCAGCUCAGGUGGCCUUGACUUGCACUCAGAUCUGGUGGACAACAGAGGUAGGCAUUGCAUUUGCCAGGCUGGAGGAAGGCUAUGAGAAUGCCAUGAAAGAGUACUAUAAGAAACAAGUGGCCCAACUCAAAGUCCUCAUCACCAUGCUGAUUGGCCAGCUCUCCAAAGGGGACAGACAGAAGAUCAUGACUAUUUGCACCAUUGACGUGCAUGCUCGGGAUGUGGUAGCCAAGAUGAUUGCUCAAAAGGUGGACAAUGCCCAGGCUUUCCUUUGGUUGUCCCAGCUACGCCAUCGUUGGGAUGAUGAAGCCAAACACUGUUUUGCCAACAUCUGUGAUGCCCAGUUUCUGUAUUCCUAUGAGUACCUGGGAAAUACACCUCGCCUGGUUAUCACACCUUUGACUGACAGGUGCUACAUCACCCUCACCCAGUCUCUGCACCUGACCAUGAGUGGAGCACCAGCAGGGCCUGCAGGCACAGGCAAGACAGAGACCACCAAGGACCUGGGCCGAGCAUUGGGCAUCAUGGUCUAUGUGUUUAACUGCUCAGAGCAGAUGGACUAUAAGUCCUGUGGCAACAUCUACAAAGGCCUGGCUCAAACUGGUGCCUGGGGCUGUUUCGAUGAGUUUAACCGAAUCUCGGUGGAGGUCCUUUCGGUGGUGGCAGUACAGGUGAAAAGCAUCCAAGAUGCCAUUAGAGAUAAGAAGCCACGGUUCAACUUCCUUGGAGAGGAGAUUUGCCUGAAUCCUUCUGUGGGCAUCUUCAUUACCAUGAACCCGGGCUACGCUGGACGCACAGAACUGCCUGAAAACCUCAAGGCUCUCUUCCGGCCCUGUGCGAUGGUUGUUCCAGACUUUGAACUGAUUUGUGAGAUCAUGCUGGUGGCGGAAGGAUUCCUGGAAGCCCGGUCAUUAGCCAGAAAGUUCAUCACUCUUUACCAAUUGUGCAAAGAACUUCUCUCCAAACAGGAUCACUAUGACUGGGGCCUGAGGGCUAUCAAGUCUGUUCUCGUGGUGGCAGGGUCCCUGAAGCGAGGAGACCCUGACCGGCCUGAGGACCAGGUCCUGAUGCGCUCCUUGAGAGACUUCAACAUCCCCAAGAUUGUGACUGAUGACAUGCCAGUGUUCAUGGGCCUGAUUGGAGAUCUCUUUCCUUCUCUGGAUGUCCCCCGGAGGAGAGACCUGAAUUUUGAGGCUUUGGUUCAGAAAGCAGUAGUGGACCUGAAGCUCCAGGCUGAAGACAACUUUGUGCUAAAGGUGGUGCAGUUGGAGGAGCUCCUGGCAGUUCGACACUCUGUGUUUGUUGUGGGUGGUGCUGGUACCGGCAAGUCAAAGGUGCUGAGGUCUUUGCACAGGACUUAUCAGAUCAUGAGACGCCGGCCUGUCUGGACAGACCUCAACCCCAAAGCUGUCACGAAUGAUGAACUCUUUGGCAUCAUCAAUCCGGCCACAAGAGAAUGGAAGGACGGACUGUUCUCUUCUAUCAUGAGGGAGCUUGCCAACAUCUCCCAUGAUGGGCCCAAGUGGAUCCUACUGGAUGGUGAUAUCGAUCCAAUGUGGAUUGAAUCUCUGAACACUGUCAUGGAUGAUAACAAGGUGCUUACCCUGGCCAGCAAUGAGAGGAUACCUCUGAACCCCACAAUGCGGCUACUAUUUGAAAUCAGCCACCUGCGCACAGCCACACCAGCAACUGUCUCCAGAGCAGGGAUCCUAUACAUCAACCCAGCAGACCUAGGAUGGAACCCUCCAGUGAGCAGCUGGAUCGACCAGAGAGAAGUCCAGACAGAAAGGGCUAACCUAACCAUUCUGUUUGACAAGUAUCUUCCAACCUGCUUAGACACACUCAGAACCAGAUUUAAGAAGAUAAUCCCAGUUCCAGAGCAGAGUAUGGUUCAGAUGGUGUGCUACCUUCUUGAAUGUCUCCUAACCAAAGAGGACAUCCCUGCAGACUGCUCCAAGGAAACCUACGAGCUUUAUUUUGUAUUUGCUGCCAUCUGGGCUUUUGGUGGAGCAAUGGUCCAAGACCAGCUUGUGGAUUACCGGGCAGAGUUCAGCAAAUGGUGGCUGACUGAGUUCAAAACAGUCAAGUUUCCUUCCCAGGGGACAGUGUUUGACUACUACAUAGACCCAGAGACCAAGAAAUUUGAGCCUUGGUCCAAGCUUAUCCCUCAGUUUGAAUUUGACCCUGAGAUGCCCUUGCAGGCCUGCUUGGUGCACACAAGUGAAACCAUCCGGGUGUGCUACUUCCUGGAGAGGCUCAUGGAGCGGCGGCGGCCUGUCAUGCUAGUGGGACCUGCGGGCACAGGCAAGUCAGUACUGGUGGAAGCAAAACUGGCCAGCCUUGACGCUGACGAAUACCUGGUGAAAAAUGUGCCUUUCAACUACUACACCACAUCAGCCAUGCUGCAAGCUGUCCUGGAGAAACCUCUAGAAAAGAAGGCUGGUAGAAAUUAUGGCCCUCCAGGCAACAAGAAGCUCAUCUACUUCAUUGAUGACAUGAACAUGCCAGAGGUGGAUGCCUAUGGGACUGUGCAGCCCCACACAGUCCUCAGACAACAUCUAGACUAUGGCCACUGGUAUGAUCGGAACAAGCUGUCCCUGAAAGAGAUCAUGAAUGUACAGUACAUCUCCUGUAUGAACCCCACUGCGGGCAGCUUCACCAUCAACCCACGGCUUCAGCGUCACUUCAGUGUGUUUCUCCUCUCCUUCCCGGGAGCCGAUGCCCUCUCCUCCAUCUACAGCACCAUCCUGACACAGCAUUUGAAGCUUGGAAACUUCCCAGCCUCCUUGCAGAAAUCCAUCCCCCAACUGAUCAAUCUGGCCCUCACCUUCCACCAGAGAAUCGCUACCACAUUCCUGCCCACAGCCACCAAAUUCCACUACAUCUUCAACCUCAGAGACUUUGCCAACAUCUUCCAGGGCAUUCUUUUCUCCUCAGUGGAAUGUGUAAGAUCCACACAAGACCUUGUAAAGCUCUACCUGCAUGAAUCAAAUCGGGUUUACCGGGAUAAAAUGGUGGAGGAAAAGGACUUUGAUCUUUUCGACAAAAUCCAGACAGAAGUACUCAAGAAAUUUUUUGAUGAUGCUGAGGAGAUUGUGGAGCAGAUCCAAAAGCUAAAUAUAUAUUGCCACUUUGCAAAUGGCAUUGGAGAGCCCAAGUAUAUGCCUGUACAGUCAUGGGAACUUUUGACCCAGACUCUGGUAGAUGCCCUGGAGAACCACAAUGAAGUGAACACUGUGAUGGACCUGGUUCUUUUUGAGGAUGCCAUACGCCAUAUCUGCCACAUCAACCGUAUCCUGGAGUCCCCCAGGGGCAAUGCUCUGCUGGUUGGCGUAGGUGGGAGUGGCAAACAGAGCCUCACAAGGCUGGCGGCUUUCAUCAGCUCCAUGGACGUAUUCCAGAUCACGCUGCGCAAAGGUUACCAGAUCCCUGACUUCAAGGUAGAUUUGGCCAGCCUGUGUAUGAAAACUGGUGUGAAGAACCUCAGCACCGUGUUUCUCAUGACUGAUGCCCAAGUGGCCGAUGAGAGGUUCCUCGUGCUCAUCAAUGACCUCUUGGCAUCUGGAGAGAUCCCAGACCUCUACUCUGAUGAUGAGGUUGAGAACAUCCUCAGCAAUGUGAGGAAUGAGGUCAAGACCCAAGGUCUGCUUGACAACCGAGAAAACUGCUGGAAGUUCUUCAUAGAACGGAUCCGAAGACAGCUGAAGGUGACUCUCUGUUUCUCCCCUGUGGGGAACAAGCUAAGGGUUCGAAGCAGGAAGUUCCCAGCCAUUGUCAACUGCACAGCCAUCGACUGGUUCCAUGAGUGGCCUCCACAGGCUCUGGAGUCAGUCAGCCUCCGUUUCUUGCAGAACACAGAGAACAUUGAGCCUGCAGUGAAGCAGUCCAUUAGCAAGUUUAUGGCAUUUGUGCACACAAGUGUCAACCAAACAUCCCAGCUGUAUCUGAGCAAUGAGCAGCACUACAACUACACAACUCCCAAGUCCUUUCUGGAGUUCAUCAGACUCUACCAGAGCUUACUGCACAGGAACAGGAAAGAACUGCAGUACAAAAUGGAGCGGCUGGAGAAUGGCUUGUUGAAGCUGCAUAGCACUUCUGCUCAGGUGGAUGAUCUGAAAGCCAAGCUGGCCACCCAGGAAGUGGAGCUAAAGCAGAAGAACGAAGCCGCAGACAAGCUGAUUCGGGUGGUGGGUGUGGAGACAGAGAAGAUGAGCAGAGAGAAAGCUGUGGCCGACGAGGAAGAGCGGAAGGUGGCCCUCAUCAUGCUCGAGGUACAGCAGAAGCAGAAGGACUGUGAGGAAGACCUCGCCAAAGCAGAGCCAGCCCUCAUGGCAGCCCAGGCAGCUCUUAACACCCUUAACAAGACGAACCUGACAGAGCUGAAGUCAUUUGGUUCCCCACCUGCGGCUGUCAGCAAUGUCAGCGCUGCGGUGAUGGUGCUCAUGGCUCCGGGGGGCAAGGUACCCAAAGACCGGAGCUGGAAAGCAGCGAAAAUCACCAUGGCCAAAGUGGACAGUUUCCUGGACUCACUCAUCAACUUUGACAAGGAGAAUAUUCACGAGAAUUGCCUCAAAGCCAUCAGGCCCUAUCUGAAGGACCCCGAGUUCAAUCCUGAGUUUGUGGCCACCAAGUCGUAUGCGGCCGCAGGCCUUUGUUCUUGGGUCAUAAACAUUAUGAGGUUCUACGAGGUGUUCUGUGAUGUAGAACCCAAGCGCCAAGCACUGAGCAAAGCCACCACUGACCUCAGUGCUGCACAGGAGAAACUGGCGGCCAUCAAAGCCAAGAUCAUGCACCUUAACGAGAACCUGGCAAAGCUGACCACCAAGUUUGAGAAAGCAACAGCAGAGAAACUCAAAUGCCAGCAAGAAGCUGAAAUGACUGCAGGCACUAUCUCCCUUGCAAACCGUCUGGUUGGAGGACUCGCCUCUGAAAACGUGAGAUGGGCAGAAGCAGUGCAGAACUUCAAACAACAGGAAAGGACAUUAUGCGGAGACAUUCUGCUUACCACGGCUUUCAUUUCCUAUCUUGGCUUCUUUACAAAGAAAUACCGGCAGAGCCUCAUGGAUGGAACCUGGAGACCCUAUCUGAGACAGCUGACGGUUGCCAUUCCCAUCGCCCCAGCCCUGGAUCCCCUGCGGAUGCUGACGGAUGAUGCCAACGUGGCUGCCUGGCAGAACGAGGGCCUCCCUGCAGACCGCAUGUCCAUGGAGAAUGCCACCAUCCUCAUCCACUGUGAGCGCUGGCCACUCAUGGUGGACCCUCAGCUGCAAGGCAUCAAAUGGAUCAAAAACAAAUAUGGAGAAGACCUCCGGGUCACCCAGAUUGGUCAGAAAGGUUACCUUCAAACCCUAGAACAUGCCCUGGAGGCCGGAGAUGUGGUGCUCAUUGAAAAUCUAGAGGAAUCCAUUGAUCCUGUGCUGGGCCCCCUUCUUGGGAGAGAAGUUAUUAAGAAAGGACGAUUUAUUAAAAUUGGAGACAAAGAGUGCGAAUACAAUCCCAAGUUCCGACUCAUCCUUCACACCAAGUUGGCCAACCCUCACUACCAGCCUGAGCUGCAGGCCCAGGCCACCCUGAUCAACUUUACAGUGACCAGGGAUGGAUUGGAGGAUCAGCUGCUAGCUGCCGUCGUAAGCAUGGAGAGGCCAGACCUGGAGCAGCUGAAGUCAGAGCUCACAAAGCAGCAGAAUGGAUUCAAAAUUACACUGAAAACAUUAGAAGACAACCUGCUCUCUCGCCUCUCCUCAGCAUCCGGGAACUUCCUGGGGGAAACAGCCUUAGUGGAGAACCUAGAGAUCACAAAGCAGACUGCCGCAGAGGUGGAGGAGAAGGUUCAGGAGGCCAAGGUGACCGAAGUGAAAAUCAAUGAAGCUCGAGAACACUAUCGGCCAGCAGCUGCCCGCGCCUCUCUACUCUACUUCAUCAUGAAUGACCUCAGCAAGAUCCACCCAAUGUACCAGUUCUCCCUCAAGGCCUUCAGCAUCAUCUUCCAAAAGGCUGUGGAGAGGGCAGCUCCCAAUGAGAGCCUCAAGGAGCGGGUGGCCAAUCUAAUAGAUAGCAUCACUUUCUCUGUGUACCAGUACACCACCCGGGGACUCUUUGAGUGUGAUAAACUGACCUACCUUGCUCAGCUCACCUUUCAGAUUCUCCUCAUGAACCAAGAAGUCAAUGCAGCAGAGUUGGAUUUCCUGCUUCGAUCUCCAGUGCAGGCUGACACCCCCAGCCCAGUGGAAUUCCUCUCCAAUCAGGCCUGGGGAGGCGUCAAGGUACUUUCAUCGAUGGAAGAAUUCUACAAUCUGGAUCGGGACAUCGAGGGAUCCGCUAAAAGCUGGAAGAAGUUUGUGGAGUCAGAAUGUCCUGAGAAGGAGAAGUUCCCCCAGGAGUGGAAGAACAAGACAGCCCUGCAGCGCCUCUGCAUGAUGCGGGCCAUGCGGCCCGACCGGAUGACCUAUGCUAUGAGAGAUUUUGUGGAGGAGAAGUUAGGAAGCAAAUACAUCAUGGGAAGAGCACUUGAUUUUGCUUCCUCAUUUGAAGAAUCAGGACCAGCCACUCCCAUGUUUUUUAUCCUGUCUCCAGGGGUGGACCCACUGAAGGAUGUAGAAAACCAAGGAAGAAAACUCGGAUAUACCUUCAACAAUUGCAACCUCCACAAUGUGUCUUUGGGACAAGGUCAGGAGGUGGUGGCCGAGGCUGCUCUGGACCUAGCUUCAAAGAAAGGUCACUGGGUUAUUUUACAGAACAUCCACCUGGUGGCCAAGUGGCUCAGCACCCUGGAGAGGAAGCUGGAGGAACACAGCCAGGACAGCCACCCAGAGUUCAGAGUCUUCAUCAGUGCAGAGCCUGCACCCUCCCAGGAGGGCCACAUCAUCCCCCAGGGCAUCCUAGAAAACUCUAUUAAGAUCACAAAUGAGCCUCCCACAGGCAUGCAUGCCAAUCUGCACAAGGCCCUGGACAACUUCACUCAGGACACACUGGAGAUGUGUUCCCGGGAGACAGAGUUCAAGAGCAUCCUCUUCGCUCUCUGUUACUUUCACGCUGUGGUGGCAGAAAGACGCAAGUUUGGUCCCCAGGGAUGGAAUCGGUCCUACCCCUUUAACACUGGGGACCUCACCAUCUCUGUGAACGUGCUCUACAACUUCCUGGAGGCCAACACAAAGGUACCCUUCGAUGACUUGCGCUACUUGUUCGGCGAGAUUAUGUAUGGAGGCCAUAUCACGGAUGACUGGGACAGAAGACUCUGCAGAACCUAUCUGCAGGAAUUCAUCAAGCCGGAGAUGUUAGAAGGAGAGCUCGCCCUGGCCCCUGGCUUUCCACUCCCGGGCAACAUGGACUACAGUGGUUAUCAUCAGUACAUCGAUGCAGAGCUGCCCCCUGAGUCGCCCUACCUCUAUGGCCUCCACCCAAAUGCAGAAAUCCGCUUCCUGACCCAGAGCUCAGCAAAGCUCUUCCGCACUGUGCUGGAGCUGCAGCCUGGGGACAGCCAGGCUGGGGAUGGAGCCGGCGCUACAAGAGAGGAAAAGGUCAAGGUGCUUCUAGAGGAAAUACUGGAUCGAGUGACAGAUGAAUUUAACAUGUCAGAGCUGAUGGCCAAAGUGGAGGAACGCAGCCCCUACAUUGUUGUCGCUUUCCAGGAGUGCGAGCGGAUGAACAUCCUCACCAGAGAGAUUCAGCGCUCACUCAGAGAGCUGGGCCUGGGCCUGAAGGGGGAGUUGACCAUGACCAGUGACAUGGAAAACCUCCAGAAUGCCCUCUAUCUCGACAUGGUGCCAGAGUCCUGGGCCAGGCGAGCCUACCCCUCCACAGCAGGCCUGGCAGCCUGGUUUCUGGACCUCCUCAGUCGCAUCAAGGAGCUAGAGGUUUGGACAGGUGACUUUGCCAUGCCCGCCACAGUGUGGCUGACAGGUUUCUUCAACCCCCAGUCCUUCCUGACCGCCAUCAUGCAGUCCAUGGCCCGCAAAAAUGAAUGGCCCCUGGACCAGAUGGCCCUGCAAUGUGACGUGACAAAGAAGAGCAGGGAGGAGUUCCGGAGCCCACCUCGAGAAGGGGCCUACAUCCACGGGCUCUUCAUGGAGGGUGCCCGCUGGGACACACAGGCUGGGAUCAUUACAGAGGCCAAACUGAAGGACCUGACACCCCCCAUGCCUGUGAUGUUCCUCAAGGCCAUCCCUGCUGAUAAGCAAGAUUGCCGUGGGGUUUAUUCCUGCCCUGUGUACAAGACUUGUCAGCGGGGACCCACCCACGUGUGGACUUUCAAUCUGAAGACAAAGGAAAACCCAUCCAAGUGGGUUCUUGCUGGCGUGGCCUUGCUUCUGCAGAUUUAG